CAAAGAAUGGGAGGUAAGGCAUCUGCAGCUGGCCCCGAACCAGGGCAGUUUGCAAAAAUAAAUAAGAAGCAUGUGAUGAGAAGCAGGUCCCUGGGGACCGGCACUGACACCCCGGGGCUGCCCCACGCACCCUCGCGCUCCGCUCUCCGGGCCAGCGGGGAUGAAGGUCAGCGGUACUGGGGAUUGAAAUCAGGGCCAUAUAUACCUAAGACUUGCCUCCCAUCUACCACGGAGAUACUCCCCAGCCCCAAACCAUCAUUUAGAUGAAGAAUACAGCGUCUGCAAGAAAAAAUGGUGUUUGAACCCCGCGUCCCCACCCCCCCCCCACCUCCUUGGAACACGGGUCCAUUAGCUCCGCAGUGAAAUUCCUCUUCUCCACCUAUAUGCACAGCCCUCUUGAAUGAUUUAGACACGACAAGAGAGUGCGGUUUAUGCCAUAACCUGGAAAAUCGGGCCGUCAUCCAAGCGUGCUGCUUUCACGCAGCGCCUGUAACCCCGACACAGUUCUGCUCUCUUCGCAGCUCGGAGCAUGGGGACGAAGGGGCGGUCCCCUGGCUGGCGCCCGGCCUCUGUGCACACCUGGGUCUUUGUCUCACCGCACCCCGCCGCCAUAUAAACCAGAUUUCCAUGUGCUAGCAAGUGCCGGGCACGGCCGCGGGGCCCAGAAACCGCAGCGUCGCGGCCCGAGCCACGAAAGUCGUUGGACGCGUGUCCGUGUUUGGCCGAAGUAAGCCCCGUUCGGAAACAGAAACGUCCCCGUGAGGCGGUGAUCACUGCAGACCAAGCAGGUGCUGUUUUCAACCUGAAACUUUUGACCAAGAAUGAAACUAUUUAAAAAUUAAGAUGCCGACAGAUCACGAAGAGCCGUGUGGUUCCAGUCAUGGGUCAUUCUGCUUGAAUGGAGGGAUUUGUUAUGUGGUCCCCACUAUUCCCAGACCCUUUUGUCGAUGCGUUGAAAACUAUACAGGAGCGCGCUGUGAAGAAGUCUUUCUCCCGAGCACCAGCAUUCAGACUAGAAGUGACCUGUCUGCAGCUUUUGUGGCCUUGACCCUUCUUCUAGGGACAUUCAUCAUUGGAGCCCUCUACUUCCUUUGCAGGAGAGGCCCCCUUCAGAGGACCACCUCCCUGCGCGACGAUGUCAUCCUGGCAGAGAUGAGCGGCAGCAGCGCCCACCAUGGUCACGGAGAACAGUGAAGAACUAACUGUCCGAAGGAAUGAAAUCGUUGCUUCUGCUUAUAAAGGUAGAAAAUAAAAACACACCAGCAGGUGAGUGGAAAGAUUCAGCCCUUCUGUCCCCACCCCCAGUAAGGCAUCAGUCAGCACAUGGCUGGAAGGCGAUGGGGCUUUCUGGCUCAGGGACAGAACUGGGGGUCAGUGGGGUGGUGGGUAGGAUGCCAGUAUUUCAGACACUGCAUUACUUCACAUGUUAUUUUUUCCCCAUCAAAUCAGAGACAAUUUUUUUCCCUCACAACCCAACAGGAACUCUCAGUAAUAUAUGCGGAUCCCAAGUAAGGAAUGGUGGAAAUUUUUUCCAGGUGAGGAGCGGGCACGUUUCAUGUAGACGUCCAACUUUGCAUGAUGGGAAGCUGCCCGGGGAAGCUGCCAAGUUGAUGAAAAAGCUGUGAAGUCAUUUCACCUCUUGAUUGGAAAAGCACAGAUUGAUGAAGGCUACCUCACUGUUUGUAUUGGUGAAACGGUUUUUCUUAGAAAAGGAGAAAGAAAAACAGCGCAAGCACCCAAGACUCCAGAGGUCAAGCCAAUUAAUUAGUGCAAACAACCCGCAGGAAUUGAGGAGGGCUGUUUGUGUUACUGCUUGGUACCCAAAGCUCCAAACCCAUUCUCCUCAGAAAGAUGGCCAUCUUUGGAGCGAGGUUUUGCAGAAUAUGGACUUCUCAGCAGGGGCAGUAAACCAGUGUGGGUGGAGCAGAGCGCUGGAAUUGCCCUCUCUUUUUCCUGUGAUGUGGCUCUUAAGCAGAACGGUGAGGUGGCUUUCGAGACAUGGAAAGAGGCAGCUGUGAAGCAGUUGUUGGGCAGAUGAGCAAACCCUGGCUCCGUGGCCAGUCUAUGAACCUUACCCAGCCUGACCCCCGCCCCCCAUCCUGGCUUCUGGCCCGUCCUGAGUGGGCACCCUGUGUUCCAGCGAUCUGAAGGUGGUGUUCUUGUCCUGUUCUCACUAUUUCUCUGGGGAUGACGAUGUUCACUGGGGUUUUCAUAGGUAGACUGUGUUGAGGGGGAUUCGGCGGCAGGGCUGCAGCUGGUGAUGCUCAGAAAGGCAUGUGGUCUUGCACACACCCUAACCUCUGUAUGUGCUCCCCAGUUCCCACAGGUCGCCUUUUAUUACGGUGGUUUUGGAUUUUGAGCCACACCCUGCUGUGCUCAGGGAUCACUCCUGGUGAUGCUCGGAGGACCACAGGCAGUGUCAGGGAUUGAACCCCCUGGGAUGCAUAUUGUACUACUGUCUGCCGUACUACUAGCCCUGGAGCCCCCUAUGAUCCCCGGCAUUUCUACUGUUAAUAAUGUGACUUUCUCCUACUUCUCCUGAAUGAGUGUUUUUUUAAAAAAAAUCUAAGAGUACUGCUAUUUAUUCAUCUACUCAUUAAGAUGAUGGAAGCAGGCAUGAACUUCGCAUUACUUUUUUAAAAAUUUUUACAUUUUUAAAGAUUUUUCAGAAAGUUCUUCACAAUUGUUUACAUUCAAUAUUUCAACACCAAUCCCACCACCAUUGCACCUCCUCACCACCCAUUACUUUGAAUCUUCCACCACCACCCUCCAGCCUACCCCUUAGGCAGAUGCUAAAUAAUUUUGUAUUGCUUGCCAUGAAUAGUAUGAGGUGUCACAGGGCCACGAAAAUGAAAUUCCACAUGCUCCUGGAAUUCUAAAGCUUUUCAAAAUCUCGGUUCUGGAGGCAUCUCUGGCGUGCUGCUCUCUUCCGAGAUUCAUUUUUGAGCCUCUGAAUCAUGACCGUUAAUGUGUUUAAAUGGCGCCCAGAGGCAGUUCUUGGGUAUAAUUGCCAGGAAACUGGAAGGACGGGGAGGUGGGGGUAGGUCGCCCAUCCCUGACUUCAUGAAGCCUGGAGUUUUCAGUCACUGGUCCUGCAUACCUGGGAUUUUUUAGCGUAUUCAUUCUCAUGUACAGGGCGCUUGGGAUGAGCCUGUGAAGGUCAGCUAUGAGUGUGGUGGAGAUUGGGUUCUGGAGGUUUUCGGCUGCCAGGGUUCAUUUGAGUUAAUGAUGUUUGUAUCAUAGACUUUUGAAUUUUGUGAAAUUCUUUGAUCAUUGUGUUUUUUUCCCCAUUUCCCCAUCUAUUCUGCUAAUGUAGUAUUUUUGAUUUUUCAUCUUUGCAUUACAGGAAUCAUUCCACUUGGUCAAAGUGUAUAAUACUCUUGAGUUUGCUGGUUGAAUUCAGUUUGCUAUUUUUGUUUUGGGGCCACACCCAGCAGAAUUCAGGGCUUACUCCUGGCUCUGCACUCAGGCAGGGAUCACUCCUGGUGAGACUCAGGGGGCUGUAUGAGUUGCCAGGGAUUGAACCAGGGCUGGCCAUGGGCAAGGCAAGCACCUGACCCACUAUAUUAUUGCUCUGGCCCCUGCUAAUAUUUCUAAGGUGCCUCUAUUAAUAUUUAUGAGGUAUCUUGGUAGCUUCUUUCUAGUGCUGUUUCUCUCACUUUGGUAUCCUUGUAAUGCUGGCUGUGUAGAAUGAGUUAGCAAGUGUCCCCUUCUUUUGAAAUUUUCAGAAAUUUGAAAAGGACUGAUACUAUUUUCUAAAUGUUUGGCAGAGGGCCAGAGAGCUAGCUCAACAGGCUUAGCACAUGCUUUGCAUGUAAGAGACCCAGCUUCAAGCCCCAAUUAUCACAUGGUCCCCCCAGCACCAUGGGGAGCAACUGAGCACAGAGCUAGGAAGGAGCCCCUGAGCACUGCCACGGGUGGCACCAAAACAUCACAAACCAUAAAUGUUCGGUAGGAUUCACCAGUGGAGCAGUUUUCUUCGUUGGAAAGUUUAUUAAUGAUCCCAUUCUCUUCCGGCUUCCAUAGAUGCCUUAUUUAUUUUGCAGUGCUAGGGACUGAACCCAGGGCCUCCCACAUGCACGUCAAGUGCUGUGACACUGAGCCACAUUCCCAGUGCUCAUAAUACUCUAGUUUUGUUUGGGAAUCACACCCAGCCAUGCUCAGUGUGCCGGGUCACAUGGGCCCUAACCACUGUUCCAUCUCCCAGCCCCGUCAUACAAAUGUCUCUGAAAGAAAUAUUCUGGAGUCAGGGAGGUAAUCCUAAGGGCUGGAGUACGUGCUCUGCAUGAGGCCUGGUCUGAUUCCCAUUGUCACAAGAUUCCCUGAGCUCCACUGGGUAUGACCAAGAACACAGAUAUGAAUGUACAGAUACAUGCCCCAUACACUCAAUUCCAAAUAUUAAGUGAAGUUUAUUGGCUUAUACCAAUGCUUUCUACUUUACAGGUGCAUGUUUUGUAACUUCUCAGUUGCGUGUGGCAGUAAGGAAAUAUAUUUUUAAAAAUGUCUUGCAAAUAUGUAAUUCUCUGUAUUGAGCUGAUAUUAAAAUAACUUCUGGUAAUACACUGUGGGUGUUCAUUUUCUUCACUUAACAAGAGUGGUGUUAUUAAUGUUCCUUUAGGAUUUUCAUUGAGCUGACUUACCCAUUUUCUACAAAUGAAAAUCAAGUCAGUUGUCUACAAGUCUCACCAUUUUUCAUCAAGAGGACUGAGUCUUCGGUUUCCAUGAAAAGUAAAUUCAUGGUGGUACUGAUAUGGGUUAGUCUGUGGGCUAACAACAUGCUAAAAGUAUGACUGCAGAUUGGUUUGUAAAAGUUUACUUUGCAAGUUCAUUUGUGUUAAACUGUUUUUGUUUGGGGGCUGCAUCUGGUGGUGCUCACUUACUCCUGGUGGGACAUAGGGGACAAUAUUUGGUACCAGGGAUCAACUCUAGGUUGGCUAUUUUGUAGGGCAAGUGCCUUAAUUCCUGUACUCUCUCUCCAGCCCGUUCGAUUUACAAUAGAAACUAAAGCAAAGGGGCGAGAGCGAUAGCACAGUGGGUAGGGCGUUUGCCUUGCACGAGGCCAACCUGGGCUCGAUUCCCAGCAUCCCACAUGGUCCCCCGUGCACCGCCAGGAGUAACCCCUGUGCAUCACCAGGUGUGACCCAAACAACAACAAUAACAACAAAAAAACUAGAGCAAAACUUUGGCUGUCUGCCCUAUGUGUGCUGAGAAGCUGGAGAACCUGCUGGUGAGCAGGCUGAGGCACAGCUGAGAGAAGGAAGUGGCCCCACUGGCCCCCAUGCCCAGUGCCCAGUUAUGCGGCCAGACCAUGGCUUUUCUUCCUUCUUCCUUAUGUUGUUGCUGGGCUGGUUAAAGGCUUCAGCUGAAUGGGUGAAAGGGAUGAAGAGAAGAUCCUUGAAGCAAACUGCAGCAACGUUUUGCUGUGCGUAUAAAAAGGAAGCCGGUGAUGCCAGGAUUAGGUGAACUGUCCCUUCCAGGUGCUCCCCCUGGAGAGGCACUCCUGUGUCGAGACACUCAGGGCCCAUCCCGACUUCUCUGGGCCCCGGGGAACAUUACCAACCAGGACACUGAUUUGCCGUUUCAAGGAAUUUAGUGUUUUCAGCUGAAACAGGAUGCUAGGGUGAUUUUGAA